AUGGCCAAUCAAGCACACAUCAAGGAGUGGCAAGACCGCGCGGAGUCUCUCAAACCUCUCAACCUCAAGCAAAUCGAAGGGCCGCUCGGCGAGCUCGACGCUCACCUCACUCUUCGCAGCUACAUUGUGGGAUACACGCUCACAGACGCCGACACAACGGUAUGGAAGACGUUGCGAGCAAACCGCGUUGCAAACGCGUACAUCAAACAAGGCCUCAUGGUCAACCUGUCGCGGUGGUUCAGCUUCAUUGAGGCGACCGCUCAACCUACCGUCGACCUGCCCACCCGAUCCGGCAAAGAGGAGGGCAAGAAGGAGGGCGCCAGCUAUGACAUUGGCCUACCAGACACCGAGAAGGGUGUAGUGACGAGGUUCCCACCCGAGCCUUCCGGCUACCUCCACAUCGGACAUGCAAAGGCAGCGCUGCUGAACGACUACUUCGCUCACGAGAAGUACAAGGGCACUAUGAUCCUGCGGUUCGACGACACCAACCCCACGAAUGAGAAGCAGGAGUUUCAGGACUCGAUUCUGAAGGAUUGCGAGCUGCUCGGCGUCAAGCCAGACCGUAUUACCUACACCAGCGAUUACUUUGAGGACUUGCACAAGAGAGCAGUGCAAAUGAUCAAAGACGGCAAUGCAUAUGCCGAUGACACUCUGCAAGAGAAGAUGCAGCAAGAGCGCCUCAACAAAAUCGAGAGUGUUCAUCGCAACGACUCGAUUGAGGACAAUUUGGCACGCUUCGAGGAGAUGAAGACAGGCAGUGAGGAGGGUAAGAGGUGGUCCAUCCGCGCCAAGCUCGACAUGAGCAGCAACAACGGCGCCAUGCGAGACCCGGUCAUCUACCGCUGCAAUCCGUCCACUCAUCACCGCACCGGUGACACCUGGAAGAUUUAUCCGACUUACGACUUUGCUUGCCCGAUUGUGGAUUCCGUAGAGGGUAUUACCCAUGCGCUGAGAACAACCGAGUACAACGAUCGUGAUGCCCAAUACCAGUGGUUCCUCAAGACGCUCAACCUUCGCCACGUCUACAACUGGAACUUCUCACGCAUGAACUUCAUCAAGACGUUCCUCUCCAAGCGUAAGCUGACCAAGGUUGUCGCCGACGGCAAGGUUUGGGGAUGGGACGAUCCACGUAUGCCAACAGUUCGUGGUAUCCGUCGUCGUGGCAUGACCAUCCCAGCCCUGCGGGACUACAUCCUUCAGACCGGACCCAGCAAGAACAUCAACUUGAUGGACUGGCACGCCUUCUGGGCUACCAACAAGAAGUUCAUUGACCCAGUCGCCGCGCGCUACACUGCCGUCGAUGCCACGAACAAGGUCACCUGCAAGGUGAUUGGUGCACCCGAGGCAGCUCGUACUGAUGACAAGCCUGUACAUGCUAAGAAUGCAGAGCUUGGUACCAAGAAGGUCGUGUACAGCAAGACGAUCAUUAUGGAUCAGGAGGACGCUCGUUCUUUCGCAGACGACGAGGAGAUCACUCUCAUGAACUGGGGUAACGCUAUUGUGCGCAAGAAGACGUACUCACUCAACCCGCUCAACUUGGUCAAGUCUGAGGGUGACAAGAUGGUUACGGAGCUGGAGCUGGAGCUUCACCUACAGGGUGACGUGAAGAAGACCGAGAAGAAGGUGACGUGGCUUUCCACGGACCAGGAGCUCGUCCCGGUCACGCUCUACAAAUUCGACUAUCUCAUCAGCAAGGAUAAACUCGAGGAUGAUGAUGUGCUCGAGGAGGUGCUGAACAAGGUCACGGAGGUCAAGACUGAGGUGCUGGCUGACUGCAACGUCGCGGCGCUCAAGGAGGAUGACAUCAUGCAAUUCGAUCGCAAGGGUUUCUACAGGAUCGAUAAGGCGUUCAAGCACGGCGAGAGCGCUAUCGCAUUCCAGAUCCCGACUGGAAAGGGAGAUAGUUAG